AACCCGGGAAAAAUUUUUUUUUGGCGGGAGCCGUGACGAGUUGAGUUCGUCAUUCGCGCGAGGAGACAGAUCGUCAGAGAGGUAAGUUCACUAGCUUGUUUUAUAAACUCUUAUCUUUUCAAAUUGUGAAACUUUGACCAAAUAAACAAAUGAUUGAUAGCUACCUAGAUAUACAGACCAGCAAAUGACUACAUCUGGUGCUCGCCUAUAGUAUGAAGACGACGAGUAACGAACGUUAUUUAGGUGAGCUAAAUUAGCGUUAGACCGAAGCCAAUCGUUAGGCCUGUCAUAAACAAUAUUAUUGUCAUUUUAAGACAAUUUUGUGCCACUUAGUAUUUAAUCAUAAUAUAAAAGCAUAAUAAUAAAAUUAGGCAUAACGUUAUACACUUUAAAAAGACAACAACCAUUUAAUUAUUUUGAUAAGUGGUGUCAAAAAAACACUGAAUGAAAAAAAAAACUUAAAUAAAGAGUAAAUAAUCAUUGUAAAAUAAUAAUACUAAUAAAAAAGCGCAAAGUACGUUACAAGUAGAGAAGAGAAAAGGUGCACACUAUUGCUGAGUUAAGUUAGCGGGCAGAUGUGUGUCUGAACGAGCCUCAGCGAGACUGAUCUGAUAAUAAAACAGGUUUUUUAUGUGCACCAUUUUGCGCUGUGACGUAUUAACUUGCUCAAGAACAGUGGAUUGCGGCUUUGAAAUCGAGCGCAUUUAGAUUUGUUCUGUAACGUUAGUUGUCAUGAAAACACGAUGGCGUGUUCUUCAGCUUCUGUAGGGCGCUGUGUGUUUGAAGGAGAACACAACACCACAGCGCGAUCUGCGAGAUGUGCUGCCACUCAUUAUCAUAUAAACAUACUGGGCGAAGGAUUGCGUCACCAGACGGUUUUGAGGUCAUGUAGAUAUUGUGAGUUAUGUCGAUAUAUUAUUGAUUAUUGCGACAGGCCUAAUGCUCGCUAGUUGCAGAUAAUUUGAGAAAAAUCGAUUCUCAAAAAUGUCGACAGAACAACCGCAUGCCUUUUUCAACAUUUAUAACCCUACUAAAUUUUGAUUAAUAUGUAUUCUUUAGUCAAUUUUUUAUUUGAGAAAUACAUGUUUCGUGUGUAAUUAGCAAGCAUGAUCAAGUUGAAUUUAAAUGUAUUACUGCAUGUCAUGUCUAAACGGAAGCGAUUUAGUCCUGUGGAGGAUGCCACUGCACACAUUCUGUCUGGCAAAGACAAACCAUGCCUUGAGGAGAGAUUCAUUAACUCUCAUAAAGGUAGAGGUGUGUUUGCUAGCAUGUCCAUUGACAAAGGAUGCUUCAUUCUUGAAUACCGUGGAGAGUUACUUUCCCAAGAGGAGAGCCAAACAAGACAGAAUAGAUACAAUGAAACAGAAAAUACCUUCUUGUUUGAGUUUGAUUGGAAUGGAAGGCAAUGGUGCAUUGAUGCCUCAAAAGAAGAUGGUUCACUUGGGAGACUAGUGAACGAUAAUAACAAGACUCCUAACUGUAAAGUGAAAAAAAUUAGUGUUGAAGGUAAACCACAUCUGUGUUUGUUUUCGGUUAAGGCCAUAGCUUCAGGAGAAGAAUUAACAUACAACUAUGGAGAUUCAGACUGGCCAUGGCGUACUCAGUUGAACCAAGCAGUCCCUCACAAUGAGGAGAACAUACCAUCAGAAGACAGUACACAUUUUCCUGACAAAAUAAACUGUCCCAAGCCAGCUGAACAGGUAUUUUGGUUUAAGUCCAGCUCUUCAUCUUCUGAUUAA